GAGAGAUGGGGAGUGGGGAGCCGAAUCCUGCUGGCAAGAAAAAGAAGUACCUCAAGGCCGCCCUGUACGUGGGGGACCUGGACCCAGAUGUCACCGAGGACAUGCUGUAUAAGAAGUUCAGGCCUGCUGGCCCCCUGCGCUUCACACGCAUCUGCCGUGACCCGGUGACCCGCAGCCCCCUGGGCUACGGCUAUGUGAAUUUCCGCUUUCCUGCGGAUGCCGAGUGGGCCCUGAACACCAUGAAUUUCGAUCUGAUUAAUGGCAAACCCUUCCGUCUCAUGUGGUCACAGCCAGAUGACCGCUUAAGAAAGUCUGGAGUUGGCAACAUAUUCAUCAAGAACCUGGACAAAUCCAUAGACAAUAGGGCCCUGUUUUAUUUAUUCUCGGCUUUUGGGAACAUCCUGUCCUGUAAAGUGGUAAGCGAUGACCAUGGCUCUAAGGGCUAUGCCUAUGUGCAUUUUGACAGCCUGGCUGCUGCCAACAGGGCCAUCUGGCACAUGAAUGGAGUGCGGCUCAACAACCGCCAGGUGUAUGUCGGCCGAUUCAAAUUCCCGGAAGAGCGGGCAGCGGAGGUCAGAACCAGGGAUAGGGCCACUUUCACGAAUGUUUUCGUUAAAAACUUUGGUGAUGACAUGGAUGACGCAAAACUGAAGGAACUGUUUAGUGAAUAUGGGCCAACCGAGAGUGUCAAGGUAAUACGAGAUGCCAGUGGGAAAUCCAAAGGUUUUGGAUUUGUGAGAUAUGAGACCCACGAGGCCGCCCAAAAGGCUGUGCUGGACCUGCAUGGCAAGUCCAUCGACGGCAAAGCCCUGUACGUGGGGCGAGCACAGAAGAAAAUUGAACGCCUGGCUGAAUUAAGGCGGAGAUUUGAGAGGUUGAGAUUAAAAGAAAAGAGCCGCCCUCCGGGUGUGCCCAUUUAUAUUAAAAACCUAGAUGAGAGCAUUGAUGAUGAGAAAUUGAAGGAGGAAUUUUCUUCCUUCGGAUCGAUUAGCCGGGCCAAAGUGAUGAUGGAAGUGGGGCAUGGCAAAGGGUUUGGUGUCGUGUGCUUCUCUUCUUUCGAAGAGGCUACCAAAGCGGUGGAUGAGAUGAAUGGUCGCGUAGUGGGCUCCAAGCCCCUGCAUGUCACCCUUGGCCAGGCCAGACGCAGGUGGUGAGAUCAGGAAUGUUCCAUUUGUUUCAGCCUUAGCCGGUGCCUACUUAGUUUGGGCUCCUUUGUGAUAAGGGGUUGUUUUACGCCAAUUCAUAGUUGUUGCUCUUUUUCUUUCUAAGUGAAUACUUUCUUUUGAAAAAAAAAAAGUGAAAUCAGAAAGCCUUGUUCAUUUUAGUGAAGAGCAUAAUUUCUAAUUGUAAAAUUGUCAUUUUGUACUAUCUUUUGAUAUAAUAUCCUUAGGAAUAUGUAGAAUAAACUUUAUUCUGCUGCAUUUUCCCCUUAUUGCUCAAGGUGAGGACAUUGUGUAUAUUUCUGCCCUUUUUUUUCAGUAAUUCUCGGCAUG